UCAGUUCUGGCCGUUGGGACCACUUGGGGGACAGCUUCCAGAGUCCCAGAAGAAGCUACAGGUGUAGUGGCUGAACCCGCCCAUACCGCAGGCAGCCUCAGCUGCGCGCCCAAGCUCUGGGUUAUAAAAAACCGGGUUACGACAUGGCGCCCCACACAAGGGAUCCUGCUUGUUUCAUGGCCUCGGACGAGCGAAAGCUUUCACCCUCCAGAGUAAGCCAUGGGAGGACCUCAGUCAGAAGUCCGGACCAGGAGGCCCUUUGCUGUCUGCUCCCGCAGCGUCCAAGGGCCGCCUCUGUGCCGGCUACGUGGAAUAGACACCCGGAGUCGCGCCCGUCCGGGGCAGCCUCGCUCUCCGCGACACCGUCGGGGAGAGGACCCCAGCGCCCCGCGGUACGCGCUCCGCAACCCGUGGCUAUGUUCGGGCCCUCACAGCCCCUGCCAGAAUUGCUUCAGUGGGACCUAUGGCUGCGGCCCAGCGACUCAAAAAUCGUGGAGGAGCCCCAGCUGCUUGUCCGCCUACAGCUGACCCAGGACCGCGAGGCUCGUCAGUGGCGAGGUGGCCAACCCCAGCCCGAGGUCUGCGCUGCCUUCCGGGGCAUUGUACAGGACCUCCUGCAGCUCCCCAACGUUUUCUACUUCAAUUCAGCCACGUUCAACCUGGCCUUGACCAUCUUCAGCCGCCUCCUGGCUUCAGGAAAGGUGAAGGAGAAGUUACUCCACAUUGUAGCUGUUGCUUCCCUGAGACUGGCUGUGAAAGUCGAGGAGGAGGAGGAGUUAGUUCCACAGGUGAAAGACUUCAUAGAGCACUACGGCCCUGCCUACAGCCCAAAUGAGCUGCUGAGGAUGGAGCUGACUAUUCUGGACAAACUGCACUGGGACCUGUAUCUUGCGACGCCACUGGACUUUUUGACUAUAUUCCACGGCCUGAUUGUCGUGAGCUGGCCCCAGGAGCAGAUGCUGCAGCUUCAGAGGAAUCCUUCCCUCCACGUCGCAUCCCUGACCAAGCAGCUGCAGCACUGUAUGGCGGGCCACCAGCUGCUGCAGUUCAAGGGCUCCACACUGGCCUUGGUCAUCAUCACCUUAGAGCUGGACAAGCUCAUGCCCGACUGCUGCGCUCCUACAUCUGAUCUGCUGAAGAAAGCACAGACUGGGACUGUCCCUCAGAGCUGGAGAAGGGGGCUGAAGUGGGGCCUGCCUUCUGCCUCCCACUGACCCACCUCCCAGGCUUCUCCCAGACUCCUGUGCAGUGUUUCCAGGCCCACCCACCCUGGCUGUCACCCCAGAGAUGGGGGUCUUUGCAGACACACCUGCCCUGAGUCAGUCAGGCCUUAGGUCUUCCUUCACAAG